UUCCAGAGUAGCAAAACAUUAAGUGAAAAUCAUGGAGGUCUGCAGCUAUUUAUUGGUAAAUGUAGCCAAAUAACAACUUGGGAACCUGUCGAUUCGAGCCGUGCAUUGAAGAGGAGGUCUGUGUGAAUUAAUUCAACGUAAUAAUGGUAGACUGGAGUCCGAUUGCGAAGGUGUACGACCCGCUGAAAGCCGGCAGUAUCGACGGCACGGACGUGGAGCCCCAUGACCGGGCGGUGUGGAGGGCUAUGGGUGCCCGCUACAAGCCCAACAAAGGCGUCGUCGGAGACCCCCUGCUCACGCUGUUCGUGUCCCGUCUGAACCCCCAGACAACGGAAGACAAAGUGCACCAGGUGUUCUCCAAGUACGGAGACAUCCAGCGGCUCCGGCUGGUCCGGGACAUCGUCACCGGCUUCUCCAAAGGGUACGCCUUCAUCGAGUACCGAGAGGAGCGGAGUGUGGUCCGGGCCCGCCGGGACGCCAACAAGCUGGUGGUGGAUCAGCACGAGCUGUUCGUGGACUUUGAACAAGAAAGGACCCUCAAAGGGUGGGUCCCCCGGCGGCUCGGCGGCGGUCAGGGAGGGAAGAAAGAGUCCGGACAGCUGCGGUUCGGCGGCAGAGACAGACCUUUCCGAAAACCUAUCAACCUCGCGGUCGGUCCGGUGCAGGACCGGGGAGGCGGGGGAGGUGGAGGGAGGGAGUGGGAGAGACAAGGGGGGAGAGACAGAGACAGAGACAGAGACAGAGAGGACCGGGACCGACACAGAGAGGCCGAGUGGGGCAACAGCAGAGGGAGGAGGGACGACCGGGACAGAGACAGAGACAGGGACAGGGACAGGCACAGAGACAGGAGCAGACACCGGGACAGGAGAUGAAGAACAAGAAAAAGGAAAAUUGGACUCAGAAGUACUGAUCUGACCAAAGGAAGUCAUUUGACAUUUAUCUAGUGUCUGGCUUUUAUGUAGUA